GAAAACAGUGAACCAACCUGCUUUUGCUAUGGCUACAAUAUGCAUGCCUUCGUUUCUUUGUCUCAUUUUUGUUUUCAUAGCCAAUUUCGUCCCUCUUUUGGCUGAUGAUGCGACCCCGGUCAUUUUUGUACUUGGGGAUUCCACUGCAGAUGUUGGAACUAAUAAUUUUCUGCAUCAUAGCAAGGCUAGAGCCAAUUUCCCCCAUAAUGGUGUUGACUUCCCUAACUCACGCGCAACUGGGAGGUUCAGCAAUGGUUUCAACACUGCUGAUUUGCUCGCCAAACGGUUUGGACUCAAGAGAAGCCCACCGCCCUUUCUGUUUCUGCGUAAACUUAAAUGUCAUUGCAAAAAGCAUCCGUUCAAAGGUGUAAACUUUGCCUCAGGGGGUUCUGGACUUCUAGAUAUAACUGGUUCAAAGCCGACGGUUGUCCCCUUAUCAGAGCAGAUCGCUCAAUUUGCUUCAGUACGCGAUGAUUUCGUUGCUACCAUGGGUCCAGCUGCAACUGAAGCAAUACUCUCCAAGUCUUUGUUCUUCAUCAGUAUAGGGAGCAAUGACAUUUUCGGCUAUUUCAAGACCAAACAUAGAAUGCCUGAAGACAAGUUCCUUUGCCUUCUCAUAUCAGCAUACUCCAAACACAUUACGACCUUGUACGAGCUUGGAGCUAGGAAAUUCGGCAUCAUAAGCGUGCCGUCAGUAGGUUGCUGUCCAGCUCAAAGACUUGUACAAAAGCAUUUAAAUGGUAGCGAUGGUUGCUUUGGAGCCAUAAAUGAUUUUGCUCAGGCAUUCCACUCAGCCCUCGACACCCUUUUACUUAACAUCAGCUCUCAGCUCCCAGGAAUGAAGUACUCGCUCGGAAAUGCAUUCAGAAUGACACUUGAUAUCAUAGCUAAUCGAGAAUUAUUCAAAUUUAAGAAUGUGACAGCAGCAUGCUGCGGACACGGGACCUUAAACGCGCAAGGUCUUUGUAAUGCAACAGCAUCACUUUGUCCAGACCGCCGCAAGUAUUUGUUCUGGGAUAUGGUCCACCCUACACAGAAAGCCUCAGACCUGGCUGCUCAAACGCUCUUUAACGGUACACAGUAUUACGUAUCACCAAUUAACUUUUCACAACUGGCAAAGGACAAUUAGCGAUUCCGGGUGAGGUUACAAUCAAAGACGUGUGUUAGAUGUGAGGCUAUGUAUUUAAAUAAGCGCAGGAAUGAGGAAUCACGGUUAUGUGCUGAUCCUGUUAAUGGACGUGAUAAGCACAUUCCUGCAAAUAUUUGCAGCUUCCGUGUAAUGUUUGGCCCUUAAUUUGCUUUUGCACUCAAAAUAUGCUCUCAAUCUCAUCCCACAAAUAAAACACUACAAUCGAUUAUAUGAAAGUUAUCAGUCAUUAUUCUAUUCACAUGUGGUCAAUUAUGCAUUCAAAACCAGAAUUUAUUCAAAGAAUGAUCAUAAACUAUGAGUGUAAUUACAAUCCCAUCUAAACAAACUCCCUCCGUGCGUAUCUAAUGGCAUGCCGUCUCAGCCACAGCUGAUACAUCACCAUAUGGAAAGCAUCCAACGGCUGAGGCUCCUCCUCAUUCCACACCAAAUGUUUACUACUCGCCAUACACGCUUCUCUCAUCUCCACAUACUGCUCCUCACUCACCCCAUUCAACAAUUGCUUCAGCCGCUCAGCGCCCCCAUGCCGCACCGCAACCAGCAAACUCAUGUCGGACCAUCUCAAAAUAUCCAUAAAUGGAAAGUCCUGAAUCGGGCGAUCCACAAUCACCACCGGCACGCAGCCCCAAGCCAUCGCCUCCACCAUCCACGCUACAUCGCCAUGGUAAAGAAACAAACAGAACUUACUUUCUUUAAGGCUCCGGACAUAAUUCAACGGCUCGGAGUUUCCGUCGACCAAGAAAUAAGCAUCCCCCUUGAAUUCGUUGACCAAAUUGGGCUCCGUCUUUCCAUCCCAUCUCAGGUAACCCAGAAAAGAAGUCUUGGUUGAGUUUUGGCCCGGGGUGUCGGAAAGCGGAAGCGGGGAUGGGUUAAAGGGAGGCAAAGUAAUGUCUUUAUGCGGGAUAAAAUAACCGGAAGUAACGGGAAAAACGGAAAUCUGAAGGGAAUUUUUCUUGAGCUCGAGAACAUUCCUGUCGGAUGAAUAGUCAAUACCAGCAGGCGAGAGAAAGAAAUGAUCAGCUCCGAGAGUGCGGUUCCAGUAGGGGUGGUUGUUUCUGAGUUGUCUGAUAAGUCGAGCCAAAGAGCGAGUGGAGGUGUCGGGGGAGAAGGGGACGAAGAAGAGGUGGGCUUCAGCGGGGGUAUGGGUGAGAAAUGGGCUGCGUAGGAGGGAGUUGUAGAAGAGAGAAGCGGGGGCGUCGGGGAAAUUGAAGGGUGUAGGAGGUGUGUAGAUGAAAAUCUUGAAAGCUUUGAGCAUGUUUUGGUAAUUCUGGACAAGAGUGGCGCCGGAGAGAUAGGGGGACGGUGAGCUGGCGGAGAGAGAUGGGAGGGGGAGGAGGAGGAGGAGGAGGAGAGAGAAUAUCGCCGCCAUUGGAAAUGGUGGUGGGUGAUGGUGAAGAAUGGUAGAGUGCAGGUCAAUCAAGGCUGCAUUUUUGCGUUGGUGAAAGUUGACAAUAAUUUGGUUAGUUUCAACUGAACUGAGAAUGAUUGGUAAUUUUAAUUUUUAUUGUAAUGGAAAACUUUCUUAAUAAUCAUUACUUGUAAUAAUAAUAACUCAACCGACAAACACAAGUAGUUUAGAAUGGAAAGGUUUUGA